AUGAAGUAUAGUGCAUCGCUGCCCUUGAUAGUGGCAGCUGCCACGCAGGCAUUUGUCAUUCCAAAUGAGGCCAUCACUGAGCAGCUCGCUCUUCAGCAACCCGAACCGGCUCAUGAUCACGAUCAAUGGUCAUCAUCAUGGCUGGACAGCAUUCCUUCCCUGGACGAUAUUCGUUCUUCAGCUGAAGACACCUUUUCCAACGCCAUCGAUGCAGUAAGCGACGGUGCCAAGUCCCUCCUUGACGCGCUCCCGGAUUUCGACUUUGACUUUGAGGCUGCCGAUUUCUUCUCACCAUUGGUAGAUGUAGAGCGGGAACGACCCGGAAAAGGUCACAAGGGCCACCAUGGCCACCACGGCGAGCCUCACGGGCCGUCUAACCUGACCAUUUACCAGGCCAUCCAUGCGUCCAAGUACUCGACCAAGUUUGCCGCGCUGGUGGACGAGUAUCCCGACCUCGUCCAGACCUUGAACAGCACAAAGCAUAACAUUACGGCGUUUGUGCCUGUCGACAAGGCCUUUGAAAAGAUUCCCGAACACCACAAGAAGCCGCCCAAGGAGUUUAUUGAAAAGGUGCUCGAGUAUCAUCUCGUCCCCGGUCUGUACUCUGCCAAGAGGGUAUUGGUCAGCCACACGCUGCCUACACUCGUCAAGGAAGAUGCUCUGGGCGGCAAGUCCCAGAGGCUUCGGACCAGCGUCAGCUUGUUUGGGCUGAGAGUCAACUUUUACAGCAAAGUUGUUGUUGCAAAUAUCCUCGUCAGCAACGGUGUCAUUCAUGGCAUUGACAGCAUUCUGGUCCCGCCACCUCCAGCCACCCGCAUCAUCCAGCUGUUCCCGCAAAAGUUCUCCACGCUGCUCCUGGCCGCCGAGAAGACGGGUCUCAGCAAGGACGUGGACGAUAUCAAGACGACGGGCGGCACCCUGUUUGCGCCCACCAACUGGGCCUUUGAGAAGCUCGGCCCCGGCGCCAAUGCGUUCUUGUUCAACACGGAAAAGGGGCUAGGGUACCUCAAGGCCCUGCUCAAGUACCACACUGUUGCCAAUGAGACCUUGUACUCGGACGCCUACUAUGGCCGCAGCGAGGUCGAUGCCGAGACUGCGCAGUUUCAUGUUGACCUGCCUACACUUCUUGAUGACAAGAGCCUUAGCAUCGACAUUGCUCGCUGGGGCGGUCUGAUUGACAUAAGAAUCAAUGGCUUCACCCACGUCUCCAUCCAGGACGGCAUUGCCAAGGACGGCGUUAUCCAGGUCGUGUCCAGCGUGCUCAUCCCGCCGCACGGAGAGCAUGGUAGCUACGUUGACGGCAAUGAGAUUGCCGUCGAGGAGUUGAUGGAGCGUCUGGAGCCGUUCCUCGAGGACGAGAACAAGGAUGGCAUCUCGGUUGGCGAGUUGUAA